CACAGAAACACGGAAAUGAGUCAGUGUGGCACAGAACUAACUCGAGUGCAGCGCUCGCGCAGUUAGAGGAGUUUUAUACUUCCUAAAACUGCCCAAUACUAUUUCUUAUUAUAUGAUAACAGCAUAAGCAAACUGGUGAAGACUUGACUCAUCACACAUCUGGGCCACUGCGUAUUUUUCUGUGUAUAAUCCUCAGUUUGGGCUUUCCUCGAAAUCGAAAGUAAGUGUUGAAGCCAUGGCUGAGUGUAUGGAUGAAGACAUGCAGGAGGAGGCUCAACCGAUGCGGCAGGACCUGACCUGCCCCGUGUGUCAGGCCAUCUUCCGGGACCCCCUGCUGCUGCCCUGCACACACAGCUUCUGUCGGGAGUGUCUGCAGAACAGUUUGAAGGUGAACAAGAAAUGUCCCGUGUGCAGAUCCUUGUUUGAGGAAGCGCAGGCCAUCGCCAACCGCGCGCUCAGCAGUGCGUGCGACACUUUCCUCAAGCAGUCCAAUUGGCUACAGAGCCGUAAGCGUCCCAAUGAAGAGGACACCUGCAACCUGCACCUGAAGCCUCUAGAGCUGUACUGUGAGAAGGACGAGGAGCCGCUGUGUGUGGACUGUGUGUCCAUGCACAGCACACACAGGCUGUACUCCCUGAAAGAUGGGGCUCCGAUAUGUAAGAAGGAGCUGAGCUUCAAAGUCAAGAUUUUUGAAAAGAAAGUGGAGGAAUACAAGAAAAUGACUCACAAACUCAGCAAUUCAGUGGAGUACGUCAAGUAUCAAGCUGAGCAGGCAGAGAAGCAGAUCAAGGCUGAGUUUGAGAGGCUACACAAGGCGCUGGUCACAGCAGAAGCGCUGCGCCUCAAAGCCCUGUCCGACGAAGAGGGGCAGAAGAUUGCUGCCAUACAGGAGAAGAUUGACAAAGCAAACGAGGACAUUGUGGCUUUGAAGAAGCUCACGGAAACCCUGAAGAAAGAGAUGAGCAACGAGGAUCUACCCCUCAUACGGAAUUUCCAGAAGUUAAAGAGAGAAGCCCAGUGGCCGUAUGAUGACCCUAUGAUCCCACACGACUCUGUUUUGAACAUGGGCAAUCAUGUCGGUGCUUUGAGCUUCAACAUCUGGAAGAACCUGCAGGCGCAUGUCAAAUAUCAUCCAGUGGUGUUUGACCCGAACACGGCCUCUCCCUGGCUCUCCUUGAACCCAGACCUGUCCACUGUGAAGGAAAGCUCGGAGCGGCUCACCGUCCCUGAAAACCCACAGCGCUUUGACCCCUGUGUCUUCGUCAUGGGUGCUGAAGGAUACAAGACUGGGAAACACAGAUGGGAUGUCAUUGUGGGCGACAGUCCCAAGUGGAUUGUGGGAGUGUGCAAAGAGUCAGUGCCUCGUAAGAAGAAGUUCACAGUCUCUACUAACCGUGGUGUGUGGUCCAUAGGACUGAGCAAAGGCGUGUACACCGUCUCCACUCCUGAGCGUACGGAGCUGCAGGUGCAGCAGCGCCCCGAAAGGAUCCGCAUUAAGCUGAACAUGGAUAAAGGUGAGGUGUCAUUUUGGGAUGGGGGCACGGCGAAGCACCUUGUCACUUUAACACAUGAGUUUGAUGAGGAGAUGUUUCCUAUCUUUGGCCCUGGGCUCUAUAGUAGCCCUACAGUUCUGGUUCAGGGAAAAAUAGCUGUACACACAUCAUAGGCCAAUUGACAGCAGUAGGUUUGGAAAUACGAACAACAACCUUUUUAAAAUAAGAUACAUUUAACAAAAUGUUACAAUCAGUCAAACACUGAUCAAAACUAUUAAAAAAUAAAGUUGAGAAAAACAAUCGGUGUAUAGAUAAUCAUGUAAAAAAUAGAAUGAAUGGCCCGGCCGUGGCCCAACUGAGUGGGGCACCUGCCGCCGGCAACCCGACCAGUGGUCCUUUCCGGAUCCCACCCCGACUCUCUCUCCCACUUUCCUGUCACUCUCCUAUCCGAUUAAAGGAUAACCAAAAAAUAACUUUAAAAAAAAUAGAAUGAAUAAAAUAUGAAAGAAACUGUUUUUAAAUUGGAAAAUUCACAAAUCACGUAGUAAGUUCCUUUUCAGGUUCUUUUGUUUAUCAUAUAAACACCAAUAACACAGAAGCAGUCGUUGGCUAUGGAAAUCUUAAGUCUCAGAUCCCCAUUAAUAAUGCUAAUUAAAUAUGUAUAUAAAAUAUAAAGCCACUUACAAACUAAAUAUAUGUAUGAAUAUAAUAUAUGUAAUAAAAUAACAUUUAGAAAGUGAUACAAUUUAGACUUAUAAAUGCUAAUCAUAGAAAUAAAAAAUCUAUUUCUAACUCAAAGUGAAUAAAAGGCGAUGAUGAUAAAUGUCAGGUUUGGCCUAAGGGACUCAUGUCAGAAAUAAAUGUGAUAAAGCUAUUGAGUUAGUGUUAUUAUCAGUAUUAAAGCCUGUCAGCUGCAUGAUGCAUCAUUUCAGAAAUUACUUUCUAAAUACUGACGGCAUGCAGAAAUUUGUUUUAUUUACUGAGAGGUGAGGAUUUAUUAGGGUGAGCAGAGGACAAUCAAAGCCAAAUGUCUUGACAUGUGCCUUAGUUGGAGGAAACUGGGUUGUCACUACUUUACUAUGUAAACAACACAAUAAAAAAUGACACCCAAUUAUCUGGGCUGGCUUGGCUGUUGCUGGUUGCCAUUACUGAUACAAUUUCAUGUGAUUAAUGAAACAUCUCUCUAGACAUCCAUCUCUUAAUAUCCGAGGGUCAAUUAAAACAUAAUGUGAAUGUAUUUAAGUUGCUUGCUUUGAUACAUUAGGUGCUUUUAUAGUUAUGUUACCUUUACAUUUUGACUUUACAGAAUUUAAGGAAUCAAUUAAAAGAAUUGCCUUUAUGCGGGGGAAAAGUGCUUUAAUUAUGUGUUGUACCUUUAUAACAUGUUGUUGAUUUUACUCAAAUAUUGUGGUUUGAAUUGUUCACUGAAUCUGUGCUGGUUGGUUUGUUGUAUAUUUUAUCACUCACUACAAAAAUUGUGGCCUGGAAUAGUCAUGAUUAGUGACAAAGCUUGUAGGAUAUAAACUACUACUACUACUCUGAAUUUGCUGUCUACAUGUAAUCAAUCACUUGUUUAAUAAAACACAGUAAAUCGAA